AUGUUCGAAACGCUGGAUCAAAGAACAAUCGAAAGCGAAUCGCCAGAGGUCGAAGCCGGUUCACCGACCGACCAGAGUUGCAGCAAUGAAGAUGUAGAGGACUACCAGCCAUCGGCCGAUGAUCAAGGAAAGUGUUGUUUAGUUUGUGGUCACAUCUCACACGGCUGCCAUUUUGGUAUCUUGGCGUGUCGGGCGUGCGCCGCGUUUUUUCGGCGGACGGUGGCGGAGAAGAAGGUCUACAAGUGUAGGCAGAAUGCCAAAUGUCCGAUUCGAAAAGGUGAGUUAGUUUGAGGUAGAGGUUAACGUUUUCAAUGAUUUUAUUGAUGCUUUACAUCAGUCUGCUAACAGAUGUGAUGAUUUUGCUGUCAAUUUUGUGUACCUAUUCAUUACUUAUGUUGAGGUAGAAAGAAUGAGGCUUUCAAAUGAAGUUUUUGGUUGAUUCUUUUCACAAAAAUCAUAAAAAAUAGACUUUUUUUCAAAUUCAAUUUGUAUUUUAUGGCCACAUUUUCAGAAAUGCGAAAUAUGUGCCGAGCCUGUCGAUUCAAAAAGUGUAUUGCUUUGGGCAUGAACAAAAAAGGUAGGCAUUUCCACUUAUCAUUUUCUAAAUUUACACUUAUCCGUUACUUAAAUUGCUCUCAACUUCAAGUAAUUUUUUUCAAUUGAUCUCUGCCGUUUCAAAAUUCGUUAUUUUAUAAAAAGCAUGAACACUAUGUGCCUAACCUACAUUUUCGGUUACAAAAUACAAUUUUCAAGAUUAGUACGGUUACUGUACAAUUAAGCACUUUGAAGUUUGAAUAAAAAGUAGUUUUGUGUAGCGUUUCCCACGUUAUUUUUUGGAUCCAAAAGACCGAAAUUAAUAAGUCACAAACGGUCACAAAAUCCAUUUUAAAUGACACUCACCUACUUUUCGUUUUUUAAAACAGUGUCAUAUUAAUAUAAGAAUAAUAAGUGUCGUAAGAUACAAUUUAUAAUUCAAAAAUGUACAAAGUUAUGAUGAACAUUUAAUAGAUGUAUAUAUACGAAAGACCUCCAAAUUUGAAAAAAGUAACCUAAAAUACGAAUUUUCAGACGUACAAAUGAAUCGAGACCCAAUUGGCAGACGAAAAGAAGUAAAAACAGUCGACUGCUGUGGCCCAUCAGAGCCCUCAUCAUGUUAUCCAUCAUCUCAAUCUCAGCCCGACUCUACCGUAACCCCAAAUCUACUGUCUCCAACCUCAACCAUGUUCUCCUCCCUCGACCUCACCCAAAUCCCCUCAACCUUCCAACAAACCCUACUAGCACAAAAACAAAAUGAAUUAAAUGCCAAUGAAAACCAGAUGUUCAUGAUGCCAAACAACAUACGAAACAUGAAUCAAACGUCAGCAAUCGCCCUGCUACCUUAUACUCCACCAGCAGGUCCGAGUUUGCUACAGCGAAUGCACGAAGGCUACACGAACUACCAGUCAUCACAGAAGAGUCUCUACACCGUAAUGUACCCGGAGAACAUCUUUUCGGCCGACAAAUAUCGUAUGGUGAAACACUCGGAGCAUCUGAAGAUGGAGCGAGGCUGCUUGAGCUUGUUGUUCAGCAUGGUCAACGACUGGUUCCAGCCGUUUGACACGUUAUCCCACGAGAUCAAAGUUGUUGUGUUAAGGCAGUUCUCGUCCAGUUUUUCUCACCUUGAUCAAGCGUAUAAGACGAUGCAAGAGUACCCACAAGGGGACGACACACGGUGGGUGUUACAUUAUGGACAAUAUUGUGAUAUCACCAACUUUGAGCACUUCUUCGCGGAGGACAAAGACCCUUCGAUCGCGGCAAAGUAAGUUUUUGACAGUACUAAUGUUUAUUAUGUACUAUAGGUGGUAUUGCACAGGUAAUGAGGCUUGGUUUUGGCAGUUAGCGCCAAAACAGUGCUAAUUGCAGCCCCUUUAACUCAAUUUUUUGGUUUUUUAUGCCAUUUUUUAUUAAACAACAUACCGUAGUAACUCAUAAAGAAAGAAAACAGUAGAUAAUAACAAGUCAAAUCAAGUAGCAAAUGUUUCAGAAUGUGUCGACCCAUCAUGAUACGAUGCCGACACUUUGUAGCCAAGAUGAAGCGGCUUCAAGUCCGCGAAGUCGAGAUCGCUGCCUUAGCUGGAGUACUUUUGUGGAACGAAGUUGGCUUGGCGACUAGCUACGAAGGUUCGGAAAAGAUUCGGGAUCGCAUUUACUCUGAACUCCACAGCAACAUUAUCAUAACAUACGGUGUAAACGAAACGGGUGCGAGGAUGGGCGCUUUGUUGUGUCUGUUGAACGAUGUGCAGGUUAGUUUUUAUGAUUUUGAUCUGUUUUACUUGACUUUUACCUCAUUUUAGUUAUAUUAGCUUAGAACAAAAGUUAAAGUAGUUACCAAAAUAUCCCUUGUCAUAAACUUUUUGACCUGCCCUUGCUUUUCCUUGCUUCCAGAAACUGUUAAAACAAAGAUUAAUAUCUAUUUCUUUCAGGUUCUCCACAAACAAGCGGCAGAAUCCUCAAUCAUUUCCAAGAUGUUCAAUCCUCAUGUGUGUGAAAUGUACGACGAAUAG